AGUUGCCUCAGGUAUGACAUUAUGGAGAUUAGCUGCAUACCUUUGCUUCCUCCUGGCUCUAUCCUCUGCAGAUCUUGUCCAGUAUAAAUCAAGUUUUCAGCCUGUGUCAAUAGAAUGUAAUGGACUCUUGCAACAUGACUCAGCUCUCAGAUCAUCCCUGAUGUCCUUUGGUGAAAUUGAGUACAGGUCAUCUUUAGGGUCAGAUCCAGUAUACAGCAAGUUACCAAGGUGCUUAGUUUCUCUUGAGUACAACAAUUUUGUAUUACAGGGAAUUGGAGAAAUAUUAAAAGAAACCUUGCAAAAUGCAGUUUCAUUACUGCAAGCAAACUUUGUUUCAGAUCUGGAUACAUUUGACUCUGAAAAUGGGUAUCUCCGUGUUUAUGGAACACUUUUUCAAAGUCAUAGCUAUGUAAAAGCUGUUGCAAACUUAUGUGGAGUUCUUGGGACUGAACAUCGAUUCAAAUGUUAUUUUGUUGAUGUUAUGAAGGAUCCGUCUGUCUUAGUUGCUAACCCUAGACCUAUUCCCUGGAUUGAAAUAAAAACUCACAAUAUGACAUCAUCUGUUGUCAUGACUGCUCCUCAUCCUAACUUAUGGAAGUUUAAACAACAAGUUGGAAUUGCUGAUGAAACUCAGCCUGAAAAUGACAAUAAAAAUAUAGCCCAAUGCUUUGACAAUGAUUGCUCUGUAAAUCUGGCUAGAGAUGAGCUAUUGUACAGUUAUGAUUAUUGGAAAAAAGAAAUAUUACCUCAUAAACCGAUGAAAAUAGCUUAUCUUGGAGAUACUGGUAUUGCAGAGGCACCCACAGAAGUAUUGAGAGUCCUUAAUGGUGAAAGCAACAGCCUAUCAGCCUCUGAGAUUGUGUUUGUCAUCUACACAUUGCAUCCUGAUGAUUGUGGUAGCUGUAGAAAUGCUCUACCUGAGUUGAAGCAAUUAAGAGAGAAGAUGAGGACAAGUCGCUCUAAAUUUUACCAUGUAAACUGUGACAAACAACAUGUUGUGUGCUCUAAACAAAAGGUUACUGGAUUUCCUACAUUCCUUGCCUACAAGAUACCUUAUCAGCCUAAUGUUCCAGCUUGCCCAAAAAGUAAGAAUGAGUUGUCUGUUGUGAUAUAUCAUGGAGCUUAUCAGGCAUCAAGCUUGAUUGGGUGGUAUGAGGAUGUUAAUGACAUGGGUGUUCACUUUGGACAACCUCAUGAUUUUCAUGAAGGAUGCAAUGUCCAUAUCACAAUAAACACUUCCAAAACAAGUUCUGAUGGUCUGCUGAUUGACUGUAUGGUAGCAAUGUGCAAGGAGCUUCCAUUUUCUGAGUGUUUUAUUCUACAAGAAAAUGAAAACGAGGCCAUUUACGUAAAUUCAGUUGAGUUGAAACGAAGAGAUGGUGUAACUGCCAUGAUCUAUGAAGACAGUGUGCCACUAGACACAACAUUCACCAGAACCCAACUCCUGCACCAAUACCACGGUCAACAUCAUUACAACAACCCUGACUGUUCUGACAACCCUGCAGACUGUGUCCAACUACUGCAAGCAUUUAUCAUGGAACACAGUCGCAUACCUCUUACUGAGCUCUCCCCUAUAGUGUUCCAUUCUCCGGCCAGCUAUCAGCCAUUAUUUGGAAACUUACCCAUCCUGGUGGCUCUAGUUGAACAUGAUCACAUCAUCUCCAAGUCUAAGUUCAUGGAGACACUACAGCAGGUGAGCAUAAGGUAUUACAAAAAUGUAGCCACCAGUUUUGUUGAUGUUGACAGAUACUCAACAUGGGUUCAUGGGAUGUCUCCCACAUCAGAGACCUUGUUCUCAGAGGAUAGCUGGAUGUUUAAGUACCCAAGAGUUCUGAUAUUUCAGCUGAGUGAUCAUAAGAAAGCUGCAUUUCUGAGGGUUGUUGGCGAGGAGCUCACAGAGGAACAUAUUGUGAAGUUUAUCGAAGAUUAUCUUGUUAGUGAGAAUAUGGAGCCUUGCAAUGGAAUAUAAAAUAUUGCUUUUUUAUUAAUAUAGCAAACUACUUUUAUUUAUUACAAACUACAUUUAUCUAUGAUUUUUGACAUUUUGAAUUCGUACAAAAAUUGCAUGAAUAGUGAAUACUCUUUAUUUAUUCAUAGUUUUUAAAUUAUUGUCAAAGAAACGUGGUUUGGCUACUAUUAUUUGAUAUUUUACAAUUAGUUGUUUGAUUUUUAACUUGUAUGUUUAGCUUUAUAGUUUAUAAUAAUUACUUAUUAUAUAUUUUAAUUUCAAAAUUGUUACAUCGUGAAUUGAGGAAUGUUAUUAUGAUAUUAUUGUUAUAUCUGUAAUUGUGUCUGAUUCUCAUGUCGAUUGUUAUCAAACAUACUUAUCAUGGAAUAUUAGUUGAUGAUUUUCUUUAAAGGUUUUAAAAUUAUUUAGCUAUGAGCUAAUUCAUUAACUGUUUAAAGUUAUACACAAAUAAUUAUAAGUUAGUUCUACGCAGUUUGAUAGUUGCACUUUAUAUUUUAUUAUGACAACACAUUACACAAUAUAUAUUAUUUUAUUCUACUACUACAAGUACAAUUGAUGUUGAUUUUGAUAAUUAUGGAUAAGUGUGUUUAUU